GUACACACCCGCACACAGAGCUUUCGUCUGACUCAUUGUCAGUCGUUGCCAAACCAAUUGUCGCAAACCAUGCAAGUUUCUGGAAUCCUAUCUGCUCUUUUCCUCGUCCUUCUCGCCGUCAUUGUAAGUCCCUUCCAGUUUGUGCAACCAAAGCGGAUACUCCCCAUUCCCACUAGUCGGGAUCAGUUAUUACGUGGCCAACUAGCUUAUUUAAAGGGUACUACUGUCGCCCAGCCAGCUGUCAACGACAACACUCUUGGAAUUUUCGAAGCUUCAGCAAUGGCAAAACGUCUUCGUGGAGAACCCAUUCGUUUUGGCAAACGCUCCCCGCGCGAGCCCAUUCGUUUCGGAAAACGAUUCAAUCCGCUGCCAGAUUACGACUUCCAAUAACUCCAUCCUAUCAAUGAUUCAAUGCACGGUGAACCCCACUACUCAGCCAACAUCAUAUUAGAUAUUCCAACAUUUUCUUCCCAUUCUCGUCCUAUAUUUUGAUCCGUACUUUCAAUGCAACAACAUUUUUUAAACUAUGUUUCCUAUAACUUCGAAUAAAGUGGUUGGGUUCCGCAUGGAAUAAUAGCCCAUCUGUUAA